AACAAGGGAAGUAGAGUACAUUCACCGAUUAACAUGGAUUAUACUAAGAUAAUUUGAUUUUCAACCUUUAAUCAGAGGCAUCGAGUUUAAACCUCUAGUCCGAAUCCAUAUUUAGUCCACUCCGAUGUUAUAUUACCAGACACCGAGCUGAAAAUUUCGAAGAAAAAAAUCUCUACCUAAAACGACGACGCUUUAUUUCAUAUCCAUCUUCUUUUUCACCUGUUCUGAAAAUACCGCUAAUCUCUUCCAUCCUCAAGGGACAUUGGUGAUGCUAGCACUCAAUACUACGUCGUUCUCUUUGCUACCACAAAACCCAAAACCAUUUUCUCUUUCUAGGGUUUCAAGCUUCAUUUGCAGAGCAUUUACCAAAUUCCCCGGAGACUCAGAUUCCGACGACUCACCGGAUGAAAUUCCCGGCCGGAGGUCCAAUUACUCCGGCGUCAAGCUCGAAGAAACAGUUGAUGGCAAAACCGGAAAGCUCCGACUAGAUUCAUGGGUCAGUUCCCGCAUCGACGGAGUUAGCAGAGCUCGUGUUCAGUCUAGCAUCCGCUCUGGCCUUGUUUCCGUCAAUGGUCGUGUCACUGAUAAGGUCUCACAUAUGGUAAAAGGUGGAGAUAAGGUUGAUUGUACAAUAGCUGAUUUGAAGCCUUUAAGAGCUGAACCAGAGGAUAUACCAUUGGAUAUAGUGUUUGAAGAUGAGCAUGUUCUUGUUGUUAACAAGCCUGCUCACAUGGUAGUUCAUCCUGCACCAGGAAAUGCUACUGGAACGCUUGUAAGUGGUAUUCUUCAUCACUGCAGUCUUCCUACUAUUUCAUUUCUGGGUGAGGAAGUGCUUUCUGAUGCGGAGGAUGCUUCUGAUGAUGAGUUGAACGUGUUUUCUGGCAAUCGAAGUCCUAAUUAUGAUGACUCUUCUGUUAUGUGUGAGUCAUCUGUUCGGCCAGGAAUUGUGCAUAGGUUAGACAAAGGAACAAGUGGAUUGCUUGUUGUAGCUAAGAACGAGAAUUCCCUUGCCAGUCUAGCUGAGCAGUUUAAGAAACAUACCAUUAAGAGAGUAUACGUCAGCAUUACUUGUGGGGUACCAGCUUCAGUCGCAGGACGCGUUGAUAUUCCAAUAGGUCGUGAUUCUAAUAACAGAAUCCGUAUGGCUGCUAUCCCUGGGACACCUAAAAGUGGAAAAUCCCGUCAUGCUGUCACUCCUUCCCUGCUCCGUUUAGAUCCACCUCCACAACCCCACACACACAACGCACGAUCACCCCAAACAAAUGUGAAAUCCUUGUGGAAAAGGUAUAAAGUAAUUGAAAAACUUGCUAGGGGUGGCUCGGCAUUGGUUGAAUGGAGGCUAGAAACUGGUCGCACUCAUCAGAUACGUGCUCAUGCGAAGUACCUAGGUAUACCUCUUAUGGGUGAUGAAGUGUAUGGAGGUACGAAGAACAUGGCCCUUUCGCUUCUUCAGCCUAAAACACCACCAAUGUUUCAUGGGAAACUUUCACAAUUGGUGUCUCAAAUUGACAGACCUUGCCUCCAUGCUUUAACCCUCGGAUUUAGGCAUCCAUUCACAGGCGAGAAUAUACAUUUUACGCGGUUACCUCCUCCUGAUUUUGCUGAGAUAUUAAGCUAUCUACGUGCCAUUAACACUGAGAAGGUUUUAUGAAUUCAACACAACAUGAUACAUUGUUUUGAUUGAAUGUCCAUGUAAAAGGAGCAGCAGAUUCUUUGAUACUAGUUCAACUAAAUUUUCUCAUGCGCUGACAUCUCGAACACAGUUUUGAUAAUGUAAUAGAUAGCUAUAAUGAAUUUAUUCUUUUUUGUUGUUAUAUAGUUAAAUUACUCUCCUAUAUUUAAUCAGCAGAACUCGAGAAGGCGACACCUGAAGAAGUAUCAUUCUUUUGCGAGUUUCCUGUUUGAACUAUCAAAUAUUUGUGUUUCUACCUAAACUAUCACUGACUAUUUGUCAAAACACGCCUUGAAAUUAAUGAGUUUCCUUAUACUU